AUGGCAGUCCUCAACUGGGCCAGCUCCCGUACUGAUACCCUCAGUCCCGGGACAACGGCUUUGCUUGUCAUUACAACAUGGCUGCUGUAUGUCACCGGCCUGGCAGAGUUCUACUACGAGUAUCGGUAUGGAGGAAAAUACAUUUUUGAGAUAGAGCAGAUGCACAAGGAGUUUGCUCGCUACUGGCCCAUGCUUGCCGACAAAGCUCUGUUUUUGGAGUCUCGUAUCCAGGAGUACAAGGCCCAAGGAAAAGCUAUGCGGCUGGAUCGCGCUUUCUCGGCCUUUUCAGCGGACUGCAUCGAGGGAAUAUGUACCGACGACCUUAAGCCUGGGGAUGGGUUUCUCUAUCAACCGGAUUUUGGGCCCGAGUGGUAUGAUGGAUUGCUGGGAUUGAUCAGAAAUGCACCAAUAGGUGAGUGGACUGCUUGGCUGUCAAGAACCGUCCACCGGCAUCCGAGACUGACCAACUACAGCUCCCUGGGAUACAUCCCACAGCGCUUGCUGCUAUGGCUCUUCCCCCAAGGUCAUAUCGCUAACAAAUAUGACGAAAGAACAAGGACGCAGAUACACAAAGCCGUAACGCAACAACACUUGUCAAAAGACGACAGCUCGGAGCAUAUCGCACUCUUCCAAGCACUAGCGCAAAGCAAUCUCUCACCUGCCGACAAGACUGAAGAGCGGCUAGUAAAAGAGGCGAAACUCAUCUUCCUCGGUGGAACGAUCAGCACCGGGCGAACCUUAGGCUUCGUAUCAUACUACAUUCUUUCCCGUCCGUAUAUCAAGGCCCGUCUCGGGGGCGAGUUGCGAGAUGUAAUGACUGCAUGGCCCGAGGUUGUGCCCACUUGGAUUGAGCUGGAGAAACUGCCCUACUUGCAGGCAGUAAUCAAAGAGGCUUUGCGACUCACCUACGGCUUCAUGAGGCGACUACCACGCGUCUCUCCCGAUGUGGCCAUCCAGUACAAGGAGUACACGAUCCCGCCUGGGACUCCGCUGGGCAUGAAUGCCUACUUGAUGCAUAGCAACCCGGAGGUGUACCAGGAUCCAGACCAAUUCGCCCCGGAGCGGUGGCUGGCUGAGGAUACGAAGACGAUGCAGAGGAGUUAUGUGACCUUUACGAAGGGAUCGAGGAGUUGUCUUGGUCAAGAUCUCUCCAUGGCAGAGAUCAGUCUGGUUCCAGCAGUGCUCUUCCGACCCGACGGACCGGGUAUGGAGCUAUUUGAGACAGACGAGAGCGAUGUAAAACAUGUUCAUAAUUUUGUCGUGCCGCUGCCGAAAUUCGAUAGCUUGGGUGUUCGGGUCAUGGUUCGUUGA